AUACUGACAUUACAUUGUAAUAUACGUAUUCGGAACAGUUAUUUCACAAAUACUUUUCUGGUUGUGUGAAGGGAUUUGGAUAGAUCCACGUAAAUAAUCAAAUAUGAUUUCUGUUACAUGUAUCGCUCCAGUCAAUAUAGCCGUGAUAAAAUAUUGGGGUAAGCGUGACGAAGACCUAAUUCUACCGUUAAACGACUCAGUUAGUGCAACGUUGUCUACCGAUCAUCUUCGUACAAAAACAACCAUAAGUGCUUGUGAGAAUUAUGAGGCAAACAAGAUUCUUCUCAAUGGAAUUGAGGAAUCGUUCGAAAAUCCACGGCUAGUAAGAUGUCUUAAUGAAAUGAAAAAACUAGCUGGAAGAUCAAGCAAAUGUAAUCCACGGAUUCUGGGAUGGAAGGUUCACGUAGAGACUGAAAAUAAUUUUCCAACUGCUGCUGGUCUGGCUUCUAGUGCUUCGGGAUAUGCGUGCUUAGUAUACGCUUUGGCAUGUUUGUACGGAAUAGAGAAUGAAGAAAUUUCUUCGAUUGCUCGGCAAGGGAGCGGUUCAGCAUGUCGCAGCUUGUAUUCAGGUUUCGUCAAAUGGUGUAAGGGUCAACUGCCGGAUGGUAGUGAUUCAAUUGCUGUUCAGCUGACUUCUCACGAAUAUUGGCCGGAAAUGCGUAUCCUUAUUUUGGUGGUUAACGACAGUCGUAAAAAAACCAGCUCAACUGGUGGAAUGUCCACUAGUGUAAAAACGUCGAAAUUGUUAAAGCAUCGAACUGAACAAUGUGUACCACAACAUACUAAAGGGUUAGAAGAGGCUCUUCGAAAUAAGGACUUUGAAACUUUUGGUAAGAUUACGAUGCAGGACAGUAAUCAAUUCCAUGCCAUUUGUCUCGACACGUAUCCACCGUGUGUUUAUAUGAACGACGUUUCUCAUGCAAUUGUUAAUAUGAUUCAUCGCUUUAACGAUUUGAAAGAUAGUAUCCGAGUAGCCUACACUUUCGAUGCUGGUCCAAAUGCGUGCCUUUAUCUACUGCAAAAGGAUGUUGAAGAAGUGAUAGCUGUGAUCAAUAAAGUGUUCCCGAACGACAGCAUAGGUAGUUCAGAAUAUAUCAAAGGAAUUCCGACUAAUUUACCUGAAGUGACGGAUCUGACAAACAAAUUUACUCCUGUUGGGCGAAACAUGCUGAAAUAUAUCAUCCAUACUAAAGUUGGGGAAGGACCUAAACGCAUUGCUAACGAUAGUUUGAUUUAAUGCAUUUAGAACAUUCAAUAAACUCAAUGGUGCUGGCUUUUUUACC